AUGACCAGUGUCCGCAGCAAACUUAUUGAUUCUAUCCAAGAUCGCUUGGGCGUUUCAUUCGAGAAUUCAACGCUAAUUCACGAAGCUUUCAUGGCUGCUAGCGCGGUUGGCAGAGAUAAGCAAAUCAACCAAAUUGUCUCCCGCAUUGCCAGUAAUAGGAACCUUGCCCAGCGGGGGUUCGAACUGGGUCUUGAUCGGUGCGUUUGCAAGAAUCCCUCCCAGGGCAAUUUUGUCUCCGACAAGCUGAUGGCAACUACUGUUGAGGCUAUUGCCGCUGCCGUCUUCCUAGAAACAAGCUGGGUUCGAGCAGCAUUGCAGAGAAUUGUGGAUGCAUUAGGCCUGGCGUGGCCAGAUUCUUGA